AUGUCGCGGGGAUCGUCAGCUGGUUUUGACAGAAAUAUCACGAUUUUCAGUCCGGAAGGUCGUCUGUAUCAAGUAGAAUAUGCGUUCAAAGCAAUCAACCAAGGCGGAUUAACAGCAGUCGGAGUUCGCGGCGACACUUGCUCGGCACUCGUCAUUCAGAAGAAGGUUCCAGACAAACUUAUCGAUGCGGAUUCGAUGUCCCGCGUUUGGAAAAUCGGCGGCUCAAAUGGAUGCGUCGUUUGCGGCCUGUCCGCUGAUUCGCGCGAGUUUGUCCGACGAGCAAGAUAUGAAACCAUGAAUUGGAACUACAAAAACGCUUAUGAUAUGCCCUGCGAUCAGCUGGCUCACCGAAUGGCUUCAAUCGCUCAAGUUUACACCCAAGAACCAGGAACCCGUGCUCUCGGCGUCGCCUCUCUCAUUAUCGGAUACGACGAUGAAAAUCAAGUGCCGCUUCUUUACAGAACUGACCCUUCAGGAUACACUGCCGGUUUCAAGGCGGUCGCCAUCGGAGCAAAGCAAACUGAAGCAACUAACUUUUUGGAGAAGAAACUUCGAAAGAAAACUGAUCAGGAGAAAUGGGGACUCAAAGAAACCGCCGAGCUCGCAAUCACAACCUUGCAACACGUGAUCGCCACCGACUUCAAGCCUCAAGAGAUCGAGGUCGCCGUCGCCACCAGCGACAACCAAUUCCGCCAACUGAGCAACGACGAAGUCGACGAAAUCCUCACCAUCAUUGCCGAGCGCGAAUAG